AUGGCAAUAUGUGCAGGUUCUUCUUCAGGCAUCAGCUGCACCCAACCUGCUGAGAACAUUACUGGACUUCUGAGCCGCCCAGGAGACAUUGUUAUAGGUGGAACCUUCAUGGUCCAUUUUGAUAGAGUUUCCAGUGGCCUUGAUUUCACAAGCCAACCCCAUGAGCUGCAGUGUGGGAUGUUUAUCAUUGAGUACUUCCAGAACAUGCAUGCAUUAAUAUUCGCUGUUGAGGAGAUCAACUCAGACCCAGAACUCCUUCCCAACAUUACCCUGGGCUAUCAGGUUUUCGACACUUGCUUUACAUCAAGAGAAGCAGCCAGAGGAACCCUGUUAAUGCUGUCGGGAGGAAACGAGAUCACCCCAAAUUAUCACUGUCACAAAGGGGCCCCACUUGCUGGCAUCAUCGGUGACUCUUGGUCUACAGGAUCGAUCAUAAUGGCCCAAAUCUUGGGACUGUCCCGAUACCCACAGAUCAGUUAUUUUGCAACCAGUCCUGUUCUAAACGACCGCGACCUGUUUCCUUCCUUUUUUCGAACGAUAUCGAAUGACGAAUAUCAAAUGAGAGGUCUGGCGCAGCUGAUAUUUUACUUUGGUUGGACUUGGGUUGGUCUUCUGGCAGAUGACGAUGAUUACGGUCAACAUGGGCUUCAGAUGGUAAAGGAGGAGUUAAAUAAUGGUGGAGCUUGUGUGGCCUUCACUGAAUAUAUCCUGACUGGUCAAGCCGACAGAGAUGCCCCUCGCCUCGUUCAAGUUCUUCAAAAGUCAACCGCCAAGAUUGUGAUUGUGAUAUCGUCUAAUUUUGUGGUUGUUGUAGAAGAGCUGUUGAGGCAGAAUGUGACUGGUAAGAUCUUCAUGGCCACCGAAGCAUGGGCAACCUUAGAUUUACUUUCCGAACCGCGAUACCAAGGGAUAUUAACAGGAACCAUUGGUUUUGCUGUCCACAAUGGGCUAAUGUCAAACUUCUCCAAAUAUCUGAGGAGCCUUCGUCCAUGGAAAUAUCUUCAUGAUCAGUUCGUAUUGGAGUUUUGGGAGCAAGCCUUUGCGUGCAAGUGGCCGACUGAUGAAACUCUAGCGUGGACGGACAAUGUCACAAUAAAAGCGUGUACGGGAAAUGAGAACCCAGAGAGUGUGGAAGCUGAAGAUUAUCAGAGAGCCUCUCUCAAUGUCUACACGGCUGUGUAUGCGAUUGCGUGGGCGCUACAAAAUAUGGUCAACUGUAGACCUGGGACUGGGCCGUUCUCCGGUGGCUCCUGUGCCAACAUCUCUUCAUUUCAAGCUUGGCAGCUUCUCCACUAUAUUAAAAAUGUGAACUUCAAGACCAAAGAUGGGAGCCAAAUAUUCUUUGACGCAAAAGGGAACCCUCCAGCCAUCUACGAUGUUGUGAAUUGGCAUCUGGGUGCCGAGGGGGCAGCGGAGCACAUUACAGUUGGGACGUAUGACUUGAGAGCCCCUGAUGGGAACACCUUGAAAGUGGAUAGUAAGAGAAUUGUAUGGAUCAAUGGUGACACCCAGGUUCCUGUUUCCAAGUGCAGCCCAAGCUGUUCCCCAGGAUUUAGGAAGGUGAUUGUAUCAGGAAAGCCCCUUUGUUGCUAUGAGUGUGCCCGGUGUCCCCAGGGGCAGAUUUCAAACCAAACAGAUGCUGCGGAAUGUCACCCAUGUUCCUGGGACACGUGGCCCAAUCUACAGCAGGACAGAUGCCUACCAAGGCCUACAGAGUUCCUUUCGUUUGGAGAUCCCUUAGGUUUCUCUUUAACAGGCACAGCCAUCUUCUCUUCUCUCAUCCCACUUCUUAUUCUGAGAGUUUUUACCUGGUUUAAGAAGACACCAAUUGUCAAAGCCAACAACUACUCCCUUAGCUGCCUUCUCCUGCUUUCCCUGUUCCUCUGUUUCCUUUGCUCUUUAGGGUUCAUUGGUUACCCCCAACUUCAACAGUGUCUUCUGCGCCAGGUGGCAUUUGGGUUGGUUUUUGCCCUCUGCAUCUCCUGUGUUCUGGCCAAAACCAUCACUGUUGUCAUUGCCUUUAAUGCAACCAAACCCGGCAGCAGGUUAAGAAAGUGGACAGGGGUGAAGGUGUCCUACCCUUUCAUUCUCAUAUGCACUUUAAUUCAGUUAUGUGUGUGUGUAUUGUGGCUUUUUGUCAUCCCUCCCUUCCCUGAACUUGACACUGACACCAAACCAGGAGUCAUCAUAGUUAACUGCAAUGAAGGGUCACCCACUGCUUUCUGGUGCAUGCUGGGAUACCUUGGACUCUUGGCCUCCAUCAGUUUCAUUGUUGCCUUCCUGGCCAGACGCCUCCCUGACAGUUUCAAUGAAGCCAAAUUGAUCACAUUCAGUAUGUUGGCUUUCCUCAGUGUGUGGGUGUCCUUUAUCCCAGCCUAUCUCAGUGCCCGGGGCAUGUAUACUGUGGCAAUGGAGGUCUUUGCCAUCCUGUCUUCCAGUUGGGCUGUGUUGGGCUGUAUCUUUGUGCCAAAAUGUUACAUUGUAUUGUUCAGACCCAACAUGAACACCAAGGGGCAUCUUCUGGGGAAAAGCAAAAGUCAAAAAUAA